CAAGUGAAAGAACCAUGAUCUUCGCCUAGAUUCUCCAUUAAUUCUCAGUUUUCUUACGGUCUGUUUUCUAACAUCAUCUUCUUGUAGAUGGGUCUAUCUCCAUUUCUUUUGGGUGUAAAAAUUAUAGAACGCGUUGACUGAGUUUUUAACUUGAGUGGAGACUGUUGGCAACCGACUAUAAAUUGGCUGGUGUCAACUUAAUUUCGAACUACUCACCUUCUGCUCACGAUUCUCAACUUCUCCAACACCGACCUACGCAGAAUCUCAGGUCACGGCAUUGGAUCACAGAAACGGCAGCCAGAUGCUCCCUUCCCCAGGCCGUGGCUGAAAUCCGGAAGAUGAGAAGCGCCAGCCCUAGUCCUGUAGAGCCUAGGCUCCGAUUGUCCACUUCAAUGGAAGAGACAAAUAGGAGAAGGUUCCAAAGGAACAAGGAUUUUAAGGAUGUUGAAAGGGCUUCCAAUGUUCCCUUUCAGUAUAGAAGUUUAAACUGCAAGAUAUCAACGUUGAAAGCUGUGUUGGUGAUUAUUUUGUUGGGAACCUUCUUUACACUCUUUCGAUCUCCAGCAGUUUAUAUUGCAGAUCGUCCAUCCAGUUCUUCGUCUAGGCCUAGUUUUGUGGGUAGAUGGAUAGGAGAAACUGCAACUGCUGAUCCACGAUAUUUAUCUACCUUAGAUGUCAGCUGGAACCAGAUAUCAAGUUUAGUUGAGAGCCUGAUUGACACAAAUAAUUAUCAGGGAAUAGGUUUGUUAAAUUUUAAUGAUAGUGAGAUUGAUAAGUGGAAGCAAUUUAUACCUGAUGCAGAACAUGUUGUUCUGCACCUGGACCAUGUGCCCAAUAGCAUAACUUGGGAAUCCCUUUAUCCUGAAUGGAUUGAUGAAGAAGAAGAAUUUGAGGUUCCCACUUGUCCUUCUUUACCUUGGAUUCAAACUCCUGGAAAGCCACGGAUUGAUCUUAUUGCUGUCAAGCUUCCAUGCAACAGAUCAGGGAAAUGGUCAAGGGAUGUGGCUCGAUUGCACUUGCAACUUGCAGCAGCAAGGCUUGCUGCUUCUUCUAAAGGGCUUCACCCAGUGCAGGUGGUUUUGGUGACAGAUUGCUUCCCUAUCCCAAAUCUCUUUACUUGCAAGGAACUUGUGGUACGUAAGGGAAAUGCAUGGCUGUACAAACCUGAUCUAAAUAGGUUGAGACAAAAGGUGCACCUCCCAGUUGGCUCAUGUGAACUUGCAGUCCCUCUCAAUGCUAAAGAGCAUCUACAUUCGGCAAGGGCACACCGAGAAGCAUAUGCAACAAUUUUACACUCAGCGCAUGUAUAUGUUUGUGGGGCCAUAACUGCUGCCCAGAGUAUCCGCAUGGCAGGGUCGACACGGGAUCUUGUGAUACUUGUUGACAAAUCAAUUAGCGAAUAUCAUAGGGGUGGGUUGGAAGCUGCUGGGUGGAAAAUUCACACAAUUCAAAGAAUUAGGAAUCCUAGGGCAGAACCAGAUGCGUAUAAUGAGUGGAACUAUAGCAAAUUCCGUCUUUGGCAACUGACAGAGUAUGACAAGAUCAUUUUUAUUGAUGCUGAUCUCCUGAUACUUAGGAAUAUUGAUUUGCUAUUUGAGAUGCCAGAAAUAACUGCUACAGGAAACAAUGCGACAAUGUUUAACUCAGGUGUGAUGGUUGUUGAACCCUCCAAUUGUACAUUCCAGCUUUUGAUGGAUCAUAUCAAUGAGAUUGAAUCGUACAAUGGAGGAGAUCAGGGGUACCUGAAUGAAGUAUUCACAUGGUGGCACCGGAUUCCAAAACGAAUGAACUUCUUAAAGCACUUUUGGGAAGGUGAUGAAGAGGAGAAGAAAGAAAUGAAGAUUGAACUGUUUGGAGCUGAUCCUCCAGUACUUUAUGUUCUCCACUAUCUGGGUAAUAAGCCGUGGCUUUGCUUCCGCGACUAUGACUGCAACUGGAAUGUGGACAUUUUGCAGGAGUUUGCUAGUGAUGUUGCUCACAGGAGAUGGUGGAAGGUGCAUGAUAGCAUGCCAGAAAAUUUGCAAAAGUUCUGCCUGCUAAGAUCCAAGCAGAAGGCACAGUUGGAGUGGGAUAGGAGGCAAGCUGAGAAGGGAAAUUACACUGAUGGGCAUUGGAAAAUUAAGAUAAAAGACAAGCGUUUGGAGACUUGCUUUGAAGACUUUUGCUUCUGGGAAAGCAUGUUAUGGCACUGGGGAGAAAAGAAUUGGACGGAUAAUGCAACUGCUUCUCCAUCACCACCUGCUGCUUCUACCGCCAAAGCAUCUCUCUCUUCUCUUUGACUUACGUUUUCUGCGUACAUGACAUACUCCCAACACAUGAACGCCGGAAUAUUUUUACCCCAAAGCAGUUUAUACCAUUUCUUCCCAUAUGAAUAUUGCAGCUGGAGCUUGUUCUUGAA